CGAACGCACCUUUAGAAGCCAUCUCCUUCCGGCGGUCAAAAUGGCUGCUUUAGGUUUGUUACGAAAUUCGACAGCGGCUUUAAUUCGCCGGUCCGUGCAGAGGACCGCACCAGUAACCGUUUCUGUCAGAAAUGCCUGGCAGCCAGGGAGUACGAUGUUAGAUGAGUUCAAGUCCCCUGUAGGCUUCUAUACUGGGACUGACCAAAACUGGGUGGCUCCCGACUUCUCGUCUACAGUGUAUUUAGAGAAGGGAAUCAAAGGACUGGAGAUCAACUUUGGACCUCAACAUCCGGCCGCCCAUGGAGUGCUACGACUUCUUCUCAGUAUGGACGGUGAAACUGUAGGAAGAGCGGAUCCCCAUAUCGGCCUUCUACACAGAGGUACAGAAAAGCUGAUAGAAUACAAGACGUACCUCCAGGCACUGCCCUACUUCGACCGCCUGGAUUACGUCUCAAUGAUGUGUAACGAACAGUGCUAUUCACUAGCUGUUGAGAAACUCCUGAACAUCGAGAUUCCUAUACGAGCCAAGUAUAUACGUACAAUGUUUGCUGAAAUCACUCGCAUCCUCAACCACAUUAUGGGAGUAGGUACCCACGCACUUGAUGUCGGUGCCAUGACCCCAUUCUUCUGGCUGUUCGAGGAGAGAGAAAAGAUGAUGGAAUUCUACGAGAGAGUAUCUGGAGCAAGAAUGCAUGCAGCCUAUGUUCGCCCUGGAGGUGUGUCGCAGGAUUUACCUCUCGGACUUUUGGAUGAUAUAUAUGAAUUUGUAGAGAAGUUUAACCAGCGCUUGGACGAGGUGGAGGAAUUGCUCACACAGAACAGAAUUUGGAAACAAAGAACAAUAGAUAUUGGCAUAGUAUCCGCACAGGAUGCUCUUAACUUUGGCUUCAGUGGGGUGAUGUUGCGUGGCUCUGGUAUUCACUGGGAUCUGAGGAAGACACAGCCAUAUGAUGCGUAUGACUUGGUCGAUUUUGAUGUUCCUAUUGGUGUGAAAGGAGAUUGUUAUGACAGGUAUCUUAUCCGAAUGGAGGAAAUGAGACAGAGUCUGAAAAUUAUUCUCCAGUGCAUGAACCAGAUGCCUGAGGGUGAAAUCAAGGUUGAUGACAACAAGAUUGUUCCUCCAAGUAGAGCUGAAAUGAAGUCAUCUAUGGAGGCCCUUAUCCAUCACUUCAAGUUAUACUCCGAGGGAAUGCGAGUACCCCCAGGAUCUACAUACACAGCGAUAGAGGCUCCCAAGGGCGAGUUUGGAGUGUAUUUGGUAUCUGACGGUACAAACAAGCCAUACCGGUGUAAAAUCCGUGCCCCAGGAUUCGCACAUUUGGCCGCUUUGGAUGUUGUUGGCAAGAGACACAUGUUGGCUGAUAUUGUCGCUAUUAUUGGUACCAUGGACAUUGUGUUUGGAGAAGUGGACAGAUAAAAAUGACCUGACCAGGUUGGAGGAUGACCAGUGUGUAUGGACAUGUGUGUUAACUUGUUAAAUAUUCACAUCUCUACCCUGUGAUGGACAGUGGACCAGCCCACAUCAAAGGACCCUUGUACACUCCAUUAUCUCAGAGGGGAGAGAGGGUUGUAGAGACAAGAGCUUGGUACCGCUGUGAUAAUAUAUAUAUGACUGGAGAAUCGUUUGUGAAAAUCUAAAUUAUCUGCAGCAACAGAAACAGACAGAAUUCUGGAACAUCUGUUUUAAAUGUAGUCUAAACACUUUCAUCAAGAUAGGAGAAUUGGAAUGGCAUUAAAGGAAUAGACAGCUUUUGGUUUUGGACUGCAGCUACUUGAUGAAUAUUUGUAGAAUUUAUGUCGCCCUACCAGAAUCUAGUACCCCUGUCAAGUGACUUUGCUUUAUUUAAUUCGGCUCAUUGAUGGAAGUGUUUUUGAACACUCUCAGAUUUUAUUGACUGUCGAAGAAAUAGUACAAUAUGAUAUCACACAUUAUCAUGCGUGUUACAGUAUGUUACUGAAAAUAAAGAAAUGGUUGAAUAUG